AGAAAGCGUCCAUUGAGAACCUUCCCUCCCAGCCCCUCGAGUGAAUGCCAGAGAGUUUCUCGAUGGCGACAGGUCUGCUAACUUGGCAGGCGAUGACAAUGGAGUGUGCGUAACCAAGUAUAGAGUAAUCACCACACAAGUCACAAAGAAUAUGGAUGAGAUGUACGACCCCCUCAAGUGUAAUGAAGACCUGCCCUCCUCACCCGGCUGCCACAUGGAUUAUGAUGACAUGCCAGAGCUUCAGGCUGUGGAAGAGGAUCAGAGGUCCCCGGGGUUGUUGCUCCAGGUUGGAGCCGGAGUGUCUCACCAGGAGACCAACACCAACUGGCUUGCCGAGCUGGCAAACAUUGCCACCAGUCCUCAGAGCCCACUGCUGAAAGACGCCCCACAUAAGAGAUCAUCUCCAGUCCACAUUUUUGGCAACAGCAACAGUUUACAUUCCUAUGCCCGUCCUCCUUUAGCCAGCAGCGCGCCCAACCCCUCUAGAGGUCACCUCAGGGAGCGCAGACGUGUCAGGGCCAGUAGCGAGUCAGAGUCUGGAGUAUUCUCCAUGUCCUCGUCCUUUUCCGACGAUGAAGACAUGGCCUGGUCUCACUCGUGGCCCUCCACAGCCUGGCACUGCUUCCUCAAAGGAACUCGUCUUCGCUUCCAUCGUGGUCCAAAUGUUGAGUGGCAGGAGGCUGACGAACUGGGGGAUUCCGAUGAAGAUUCAGAUGAUGAGAGUAUGAUGCCGUCCUCCACCUCCUCCUCACUCAAGAGAUUUGGUUCAGAGGGGUUGAAGUUGAUAAGCCAUGAAGAGACUCUGUCAUUCGGGCAGGCGGUUCUGAAACUGACCUUUGACCCCGGCUCCCCCUAUGAUGGCCUGUUAACAGCUGAAUGCAGACUGGAUCACCCCUUUUUUGUCAGAAAUAAAGGAUGGUCCUCCUUUUAUCCGAGCCUUACCGUGGUGCAUCAUGGUAUCCCUUGCUAUGAGAUGCAGCUAGGCGACACAUGCCUGCCACCAAACCACCCAGAUGCAAUUAAAUGUGACGAUUCGGUCGUUUUUGAUACAUUUAGAAGUUACGACUUUACCCCGCUGGAUUCCUCUGCCGUGUACGUCCUCAGCAGCAUGGCCCGUCAGCGCAGGACUUCCCUGUCCAGCGGGGGUGCCAUCAGCCCGGACUGCGACAAACUGGAGCGCUACAGCUCCUUGCAGUCGUCAGGUGGGAAGUCGGGCAGGAGCCAUGCCUCAGGGAGCGCCGGCGGUGCCACACCUACAAAAUGCAAGCGUCCAAUGAAUGCCUUCAUGCUUUUUGCCAAGAAAUACCGAGUGGAGUACACGCAGAUGUAUCCUGGGAAAGACAACAGAGCCAUUAGUGUCAUCCUGGGUGACAAGUGGAAGAAGAUGAAGAGCGAGGAGAGAAGGAUAUACACCAUGGAGGCCAAGGCUCUGGCUGAGGAGCAGAAGCGCCUCAAUCCAGACUGCUGGAAACGUAAAAGAACAAACUCGGGUUCCCAGCAGCCUUAAAAAUAAUUCAUGCCAGGCUGUUUGGCAUGGAUAUGUGCCGCUUGAUGCCUCUUUCUGCUCUCCUGUAUUCUUGACACUCAACUGUGAUGCUGACUUCACCUUGCUUUUUUGUAACCUCCGACCUUUUAUAGAUACUGUAUGCACCGGGAAGGAGAUAAUGGUGAACUAUAAACAGAGCAUGCCAUGUAGUCACUAACAGUGCAUAUAUUUUCUUACUAUAUUCUUCAAUGCAAAAAAAAAAAAACCUUGUAUUCCUCAUUUUUAUUUCCUAUGAAAUUUGCCUGUGGUGCUAUGCUUCAUUAUAGAGACACAUGUCUAUUUAUAAUUGUAUCAAAGGGGAUUUUACACAGACAUUUCUCAUAAGUGGAUGAUAUUUUUCAUAUUAUUGCACAGAUUGGUAACACUUUCAUGAGUUAGCAUAAUGUUCAGUAUAUAAAAUCUCCCUGGGGUCUGUAGCCAAUUUUGCCAUACAAUGAUCAGUGGUGGUUUACACUCAAGUCACAGAGCACUUCGGGCCUUUUCACUGUAGUGCUCAUUCCUCUUGCACUUUAUAUUAUGAUAUAAAUAUGUAGUCUUUUAACUAUACAGCCUUUGUAUUUCUAGUGGAAAACCAUUUGUGUUAUAGCGCAGCUGGUGUGUCAAGUUUUUUGUCGUGGCUGCUUCAAACUGCCACGUUCUGCUUUCAGGUCGCAAUAAUGUUCAUAAUGUACAGGUUUCACAGCCCAUAAUUGCACAGAAUAUUCUUGUAUCAUAUUAUAAAUAAUUUUUUAAAACUUGUAUCUUUUCUUA